CGCCCCGCCCCAGCCAUGUCGGAGCCGCGCAGACGCCCCGGGGCCGCGGCCGGGGGGGGGCCCGAGGGGGCGGCCGAGGGGGGAGCCCCCGCCGGAGCCCCCGCGCCCGGCGAUGCGGAGCGGGGCAUGGCGGCCCCGCCGCUCUGCCUGCGCCUGCUGGCCGCCGCCUUCUACGGCCUCAGCUCCUUCCUCAUCGUCGUCGUCAACAAGAGCGUCCUCACCUCCUACGGGUUCCCGUCCUCGCUGUGCGUGGGGCUGGGCCAGAUGGUGGCCACGGUGGCCGUGCUCUGGGCCGGGAAGGCGCUGCGGGUGGUCAAGUUCCCUGACCUGGACAGACACAUCCCCCGGCGGACAUUUCCUCUACCUCUCCUGUACUUCGGGAACCAGAUCACAGGACUGUUCAGCACGCAGAAGCUGAAGAAGAAGUUUUCCUGGAGCAUUCAGAUGACAGUGUUUGCCAUGAUCUUUGGUGCCUUUGUGGCUGCCAGUGCUGACUUGGCAUUCGACCUGGAGGGAUACAUUUUUAUCCUCAUCAACGACGCCUUAACAGCUGCAAACGGUGCCUACGUGAAACAGAAGCUGGAUUCCAAGGAGCUGGGGAAGUACGGCCUGCUCUACUACAAUGCACUGUUCAUGAUCCUGCCCACCCUGGCCAUUGCCUACAUCACUGGAGAUGCACAGAAGGCAGUGCAGUACCAGGGCUGGGCUGACACCUUCUUCCUCGUGCAGUUCUCGCUCUCCUGUGUGAUGGGGUUUAUUCUGAUGUAUUCCACGGUCCUGUGCACUCAGUACAACUCUGCUCUUACAACUACAAUAGUUGGCUGCAUUAAGAAUAUUUUAAUAACCUAUAUUGGGAUGUUUUUUGGAGGAGAUUAUAUUUUUACAUGGAUGAACUUCAUUGGUCUAAAUAUCAGUAUUGCCGGGAGCCUGGUGUACUCGUACAUCACCUUCACGGAGGAGCAGCUGAGCAAGGAGCCGGAGGCCGGCGCCAAGCUGGACCUGCGGGGCAAGAGCUCGGUGUGAGCGCAGCGCUGCCCCUGCCGGCCUGAUGCGGGCAGGGAGCCCGGGGUGCUGUUGAUUAGCACGGCUGAGAUUGCUGCCUUCCUUCACCGAUCCUCGGCGCCGCCCGCCCGGCCUGCGCGGCAGCGAGGAGCCUAAUUGAGCCUGAUUAACGGGAGGAAUUAACGGGAGGAAUUAACGGGUUUCUAAUCGAGGCGGGGUUGGCAGUGGAGAUGGGCACGGGCAGGGCAGGGCUGGCAGCUCUGCCCCGGGGUGUGCCAGGGUGUCCCUGGCUGGAUCUGCUCUCUGGGAUUGUGGAUUUGCUCCCUGGGAUGCUGGAUCUGCUCCCUGGGAUGCUGGAUCUGCUCCCUGGGAUGCUGGAUCUGCUCCCUGGGAUGCUGGAUUUGUUCCCUGGGAUGCUGGAUCUGCUCCCUGGGGUCUGGAUCUGCUCCCUGGGAUGCUGGAUC